AUUAUGGCAAAAAGUAUCAUCUUUGUUUUCUUGACAAUGGCAGUCACCAGUCAGGUGGGUGCCAGCUGCCCGGCGGUAUGUGAGUGUCCAGCCAUGCCCCUCUCGUGCCCCCCCGGGGCGAGUGUGGUCGCUGACGGCUGCGGGUGCUGCAAGGUGUGUGCCUCCCAGCUGAACCAGGACUGCAGCCCCAUGAUGCCCUGCGACCACCACAAGGGACUGGAGUGCAACUACGGCAAUGACGUGACCCUGGCCCAGGGCAUCUGCAGGGCGAGAAAGGAGGGUCGUACAUGUGAGUAUAACGGGAGGAUCUACCAGAACAGUGAGAAUUUCCACGCCGGCUGUAAACACCAGUGUACCUGCAUCGACGGCGUCGUGGGCUGUUCCCUGCUCUGUGCCAACCGUCUGCCCCCCGCCAUCCCCUCCUGCCCCUACCCCCAGCUGGUCAGGGUGCCAGGGCAAUGCUGCUUCACUGUGGACUGCCACAAGGGUACCUGGCGCCUUCCCCCCACCAAGCAACAUCGCCAACCAACACAACCCAAACCUCAGCCAGACCAGUACCAGCCGGAUAACACACUGGGCAAUGAGCUGGUGGAGAGAGGCAAGGGCUGGGAGAAUGAACAAGGCUACAAGCACCUGCCCAUAUGGAAGAAUUCGUUGGAGAAGUGUGUUGUCCAGACAACGGACUGGUCCCAUUGCUCACGAAGCUGUGGGAUGGGAGUGUCCUCACGCAUCACCAACGACAACGCCCAGUGUAAGCUGGAUAGAGAGACGCGCCUCUGCACCAUCCGGCCCUGCGGUGACGUAGCCAUCCCACCCAAGAAGGGCAAGAAGUGCUCCCCGACUCCAAAAGCCUCAGAACCCAUGCGUCUGUCGUAUGGCGAGUGUCAGAGUGUCCGCCUCUACCGGCCCAAUUACUGCGGCGUGUGUACGGAUGGCCGCUGCUGCUCGCCGCGUCGCACUCGCACUGUUCCUGUGACUUUUGUGUGCCCGGAUGGCGAGCGUUUCCAGAGAGACGCCAUGUUCAUCCAGUCGUGCAAGUGUAGCAAGGAAUGCGGCCAUCUCAACGAAGUGGCCUUGCCACCACAGCACUGGAUGUAUGGAGACACACAUAAGUUCAUCGACUAGCUUGAUCGUGUUUUAACAGAAUCCUCAAACUUGACUGAGAACAUUGACAAGGGAAGGGUGACAUUUUUAAAAAUAAAUACCAUGGGCCUUGAGGGUGUUUUUCUCUGCAGGCCUCAAAUAACAGAACUGAGCUUCACAAUGGUCUCUCAGUGAAAGCCUGGCACGAUAGUAGCAAACCCCCAAAUAGUAAAGUACUUACUGUAUGUUUGACUGGAGUGGUUUUGAUUGACAGGUGAUCCAUUCACUCCUGAAUGUUCCUCAGACAUGGCUCUGAACUCCGGCCUACAGUCCCACCUGGCGUUUUUGUUUAGUUACGGUGUGACAUAAUGAACAGGACCCAGCCACAAGUUGCUAGGGCCUUCACACCAACGGCAGAGAAACAGACGACAACACAGCACUGUGUUGUAGAAUAGAAACACAUGAACUUGAAGGAACUGUACAGGGUUAUUUACUGUAUAAAGUGAUAUGAUGCUUUGCCUACACUAACCAGGGUCAUAUUCACUAGGCACCAAAUGGAAGAAAAGAGUCUGACACGGGGAGGGACAAGCUGAAGUUGUUCAAUAAUAAAUACUUGUUUUGGUUAUCCGUUGCAAAACAUUUUGCUAGGGUGUGCACUAAGACUACAACCCAGCUCUAUGAGGGCUGGCGUGAUACUGGGGCAUCCCACAAUGCACUGAGAACAGUGACUUUAGAAGAUAAGUGACAUCAAGCCUGGAUGGGCUGAAACGUCUUGACGAAGAGACUGACAAGGUGGAGUAUUUAGCUCAGCGCAGGGUACUCGAGUAUUAACAUUAUUUAUUCGUAUUCUUGUCCAAAGAACUUGACACUAACUCUCUGCAGUAGAGAGUGACGUUCAGUGUAGUUGGGAUGAUGAGCCGUCUAAAAACAGGUUUAUGUGAGAGGUGGUAAUGAAAGAAAUGUGUGUCUCAAAUGGCACACUAUUCCCUAUAUACUGCACAAAGUAGUUCUCUAUGCAGGGAAUGGUAAUGAUAGCCUGUUUCCACUGACUGCAGUACUAAAAGGAGCUCUGUCUGUAAAUGAGACGUGUUCAGAAAUGACUGGACCAAUACCAAUUCACUUCAAAUGACCUCUAAUCUCUUACCAGAUUCAGAUAAGCUUUAUUAACAUGAAUGACAAAGCCACUGUUGCUAAAGCGAAGUGAGAUAAUGUAAUCAACAACAACAGUAAACAUAAUGAACACAUAAUAAUAUUAGAGAAUAAUCAAUAAUGAAUAACAUUGGCGAAUAAUUUUCAAUAUUGUGUAUGUGUUUGGGAUUCAUUCAUGUAUGCUGUUCCUGAAAUCCGAAAAACUAUUGUUUAUACAUCUUUAAUUAUGAUUUGUUACUCCAAAACUGUCAUAUGAAAUGUUUUACUAUAAAACUGUAAUAUACAAUUGUACAACGUCCACUUCAAAUGUAUGUUUGUCAUAACUGAGAAUUUGUAGCCAAGCUAUUAAUAUGGCGCUAGUGAUUGUUGGUGUGCACAUGAUACAAAGCUGACCUGCCUGCUUCAGAGUUUCAGUUACAUGUGAUGUUUUAUUUUAACUUGACUUGUAUCGUUUCAAAUCCUUUCAUUGGGCAGUCAUUUGAUUAGCCGGUAGGAAGAGGUUGAUAAACUGAAAGGAUUUGCAAAACACACCUUCUUUACUGCUGACAUUUUUGGGAAUGUGUUAAAAGGAUAGUUCACCCAAAUUACAAAAACCAACCAUGGAUUGCUGUCAUACAUUGUCCAUAGACUGCUAACAUAAUAAGGAAACCAGUAGCCUGUAUGCCAUUUUGUAAUUUGGGUGAGCUAUCACUAACAGAGGACUAAUGAACAAAAUACUAAACUAUUCCUUUAAAACUACACCUUUAAGGC